UCCUCCGAACCGGCAGCGGCUGCGGGCGGGAGCGGAUCCGAACCGGAACCCGAACCCGAGCCCGAACCCGCGGGAGCUGCCCUGAGCACGGGGGGAUGGCCAUGCAGAUGCAGCUGGAAGCAAAUGCAGACACCUCAGCUGAGGAGGAGAGCUUUGGCCCACAGCUCAUAUCCAGGUUAGAGCAAUGUGGGAUCAAUGCCAACGAUGUGAAGAAGCUGGAAGAAGCUGGGUUCCACACGGUGGAGGCUGUGGCUUAUGCACCAAAGAAGGAGCUGCUGAGCAUUAAAGGCAUCAGUGAAGCCAAAGCUGACAAAAUCCUGGCUGAAGCAGCCAAGCUGGUCCCGAUGGGCUUCACCACAGCCACAGAAUUCCACCAGAGAAGGUCAGAGAUCAUCCAGAUCACCACGGGCUCCAAAGAGCUUGAUAAACUUCUGCAAGGAGGGGUAGAGACAGGGUCCAUAACAGAGUUAUUUGGGGAGUUCCGGACGGGAAAAACUCAGUUGUGUCACACCCUGGCUGUGACCUGUCAGCUCCCGAUCGACCGCGGCGGCGGGGAGGGGAAGGCCAUGUACAUCGACACCGAGGGCACCUUCCGCCCCGAGAGGCUCCUGGCAGUGGCUGAGAGGUAUGGCUUGUCUGGCAGUGAUGUCCUCGACAACGUGGCCUACGCCCGGGGCUUCAACACAGACCAUCAGACCCAGCUCCUCUACCAGGCCUCUGCCAUGAUGGCUGAGUCACGGUACGCGCUGCUGAUCGUGGACAGCGCCACGGCCCUGUACCGCACCGACUACUCGGGCAGAGGGGAGCUCUCAGCCAGGCAGAUGCACCUGGCCAGGUUCCUGCGGAUGCUGCUGAGGCUGGCAGAUGAGUUUGGUGUGGCUGUGGUGAUCACCAACCAAGUGGUGGCACAAGUGGAUGGAGCAGCCAUGUUUGCUGCAGACCCCAAGAAACCUAUUGGAGGAAACAUCAUUGCCCACGCCUCCACCACCAGGCUCUACCUGCGGAAAGGCCGUGGGGAAACCAGGAUCUGUAAGAUCUACGACUCCCCCUGCCUGCCCGAGGCUGAGGCCAUGUUUGCCAUCAAUGCUGAUGGAGUGGGAGAUGCCAAGGACUGAGGACACCCUUCACUUCCUAAGGAACCCACGAGCAGGUGUCCACAAAAGGCUCCUUUCUGCUGGGCACCUCACUGACUUUUUCCCAACACAGCAGAGGAAUCUGCUGCACCUUGGCACAGAAAUCCAUUGGGUGAAAAACAGACUUUGAGGGACAUCUGGGGGGGCUGCUUGGGGCAGCUCUGCCCUCUGGGGCUUUCCUCACUUGUUAGGAGGAGCUGGGACCCCCAGAGCACCCCCAGAGCACCCCAGCCUUGGGAUUGUCCUCACAGCUGGAUCCUACUGCUCAGUAACAUCCAAGAGGACGUGGGCACUGAUGAGAACCUGCUGACUGAGGUGGCAUCCAUGGGUUUGUCCCCUAAGAAAAGGGGGGGAAGCUUCAGUUCUUCCUGAGUUCCUUUAAUUACCAAAUGAAGCAGGAGGUGUCUGCAGGGAGAAGGUGGGGGUGUUGCUGGUGCUCACAGUCCAUAUUCCUCGUGUUCACUUUGUUUGGGAUGCUGCAGCACACUGGGGGUGGGGAACUGUUAAUUUACAUUUCAGUUCAUUCUUUUGGUUGCUUUUGGGGGGGGAAGAUUUUUUUUUUUUUGUAUUUCCUGACUGCUCUGUGGAAAUCUACUUUUAAUAAAGAGGACCAUGAAAGCAGUACCCAGCUGAGAGGUUUCUGGGCUGCAGCCUCUGUCAGUUCAGGUUUCUCUGUAGGCAGUGAGAAGACACAGAAACCUUCAGUCCCUCUCAGCCUGGAGUUUUCCUUUCCUCUUCAUCUCCUCGCUGUGGGGUGUGCAGUGCAGCCCUGGCUCUGGAAGGCUUUCUGAGCCUAAAAAGGUUCUUUUAUGUUCUGCAAUAAUUAUAUAUAAGCCACACUGUUGUGAGCUGCUCUAAGCUUGAUUAAAGAGAGUAAUA